AACGCUGGUCAUACAUGGCUGACGUUUAGUACGGCCACACUGGCGAGCAAACCAUUUGUAAACAAAAGGAAGCUUUAAAGUUUUCAGAAAUUAACUGGCGAUGAAUGAAACAAAUCCUUGUGAACUGGCCUCGCCCCGGGAAGAGCCAUCCGCGGAGGAUGAUUCACAAGCCCAAUCCCCACCAGAGGCAAUGGCACUCCUGAGUAACAGUUCCUCCAAUGCCGGCAAUGUCUUGGAUCCGGAGGAUGAGCAGGAAGCUGAUUCCGUGGACCGCGAUGACUCCGCCAGUUUGUUUAGCACCACCACAACCACCACCAGGAGCAAGUCGCCCAACACACGAAAACUCAACCGCCUGUGCCGACGGGUUAAGGCUCCAAAAAUGGUUACACCGCUCUACAAAUACAGCUCACAUGUCCGAGAGGAUCACAACCACCAGAUCUUCGGGGUGCAGUUCAAUCCGUUUCUGGACAGAGCCCAACCGCAGGUUUUCGCCACCGUUGGCAAGGAUCGGGUCUCCAUCUACGAAUGCGAAAGGAGCAACGGCGAGGAGUCCAGCGAAGGCAUCCGCCUGCUCCAGGUCUAUGCAGAUCCAGAUACCGAUGAAAGCUUCUACACGUGCGCUUGGUCCUACGACUCAGUGACCGGCGAUCCUGUCCUGGCAGCGGCUGGUUACCGCGGUGUCAUCCGCAUUUUUAAUCCCGUGAAGCAUCAAUGCAGCAAGAACUACAUUGGCCACGGGCACGCCAUCAAUGAGCUCAAGUUCCAUCCGGUUAGGCCGCAGUUACUCCUUUCCGGCAGUAAGGAUCACUCGUUACGGCUCUGGAACAUCCAGUCAGACGUGUGUGUGGCUGUGUUCGGUGGAGUGGAAGGUCACCGGGAUGAAGUGCUGUCAGUUGACUUUGAUUUGCGCGGUGAUCGCAUCAUGUCCAGCGGAAUGGAUCACUCGCUGAAGCUGUGGCGCCUGGACAAGCCGGAUAUUAAGGAGGCCAUUGAGUUGAGCUCUGGCUUUAGCCCCAACAAGAACACGGCUCCGUUUCCAACCAUCAAGGAGCACUUUCCGGACUUCUCCACGAGGGACAUUCAUCGCAACUAUGUGGAUUGCGUCCAGUGGUUCGGCGACUUUGUCUUCUCCAAAUCCUGCGAAAACUCCAUUGUGUGCUGGAAGCCGGGCAAACUGUCAGCCCCUUGGCACGAGAUCAAGCCCCAGGAGUCGGCCACCACGGUGCUGCACCAUUUCGACUACAAGAUGUGCGAGAUCUGGUUUGUGCGCUUCGCCUUCAACGCCUGGCAAAAGAUUCUGGCCUUGGGCAACCAACAGGGCACCACCUUCGUGUGGGAACUCGAUUGUAACGAUCCCAAUCUGACCAAGUGCAGUCAGCUGGUCCACCCCAAGAGCACCUCAACCAUUCGGCAGACUUCCUUCUCCAAAGACGGCUCUAUUUUGGUCUGCGUGUGCGAUGACAGCACUGUGUGGCGAUGGGAUCGCGUAAAUUAGGAAAUUGUAAGCUUGGGAUAUUUAAAAUAGUUUGAAUUCACAGAUCUCCUUCAGAGUAAUGUUUCCUUUUGGAAAUACCUAGUUGCAUAAAUUGGCAUGUAUUAACAGCAUUUUUUUUUGCAAUGUUUAUUAGCUGUUCCAGAGUUCAUAAUAGAAUAUACAAUUUCUAUUUGAAAUCUUUUUCUAUACUAUCUAUCAA